CGUGAUGCGCUGCGUCGUGACGUAGCCAACCUGCGACAGCUCGGGCGGCAGUUUGUUUUGGUGGCUGAAUGAGAUGCUCACACCUGCAUUUUCAACGUUAAUCAACUAAAGCUCGUGAAUCGAAUUAACAUGAUUCACGAGCUGCUGCUGGCGUUGAGUGGGUACCCUGGGACGAUUUUCACAUGGAACAAACGAACAGGUUUGCAGGUGUCCCAGGACCUUCCCUUCCUUCACCCCAGUGAGUCCAGUGUCCUCAACCGGCUCUCUAAACUGGGCUCAGAUUACAUGCGCUUUACAGAGUUCAUAGAACAACACACAGGCCAUGUGCAUCAACAAGAACAUCAUACGAACCAGCCUAACCAGACGGGACUUCAUGGAAUUUACUUGCGGGCUUUCUGCACAGGGCUGGACUCGAUACUGCAGCCGUACAGACAGGCCCUGCUGGACCUCGAACAAGAGUUUCUUGGAGAUCCACAUCUGACAAUAUCUCAUGUGAAUUACAAGCUCGAUCAGUUCCAGUUGCUGUUUCCUUCUGUGAUGGUGGUUGUAGAGUCAAUAAAAUCACAGAAGAUCCAUGGCUGUCAGAUCCUGGAGACGGUGUACAAGCACAGCUGUGGGGGGCUUCCUCCUGUACGCAUGGCCUUGGAAAAGAUCCUGGCUGUGUGCCAUGGUGUGAUGUACAAGCAGCUCGCAGCUUGGAUGCUGCACGGAUUGCUGCUGGACCAAAGCGAGGAGUUUUUCGUGAAGCAGGGGCCCAGUGCGGGAGGAGCUGCCGCCAACCAGGAGGAGGAGGAGGAGGACCUGGGGCUGGGAGGCUUGAGCGGGAAACAGCUCCGAGAACUCCAGGACCUGAGGCUGAUCGAGGAGGAGAACAUGCUGGCCCCGUCUCUGCAGCAGUUCUCGCUGCGGACAGAGAUGCUUCCUUCUUACAUUCCCAUCCGAGUGGCUGAGAAGAUCCUCUUUGUUGGAGAGUCUGUCCAGAUGUUUGAAAACCACAACCACAGCCCAUCUAGAGCUGGCUCCAUACUGAAGCACCAGGAGGACAUGUUUGCUGCCGAGCUGCACAGACUCAAACAGCAGCCUCUUUUCAGCCUGGUGGAUUUUGAAAAUUUGAUUGAUCGCAUCAGGAGCACAGUGGCAGAGCAUCUUUGGACAUUAAUGGUGGAGGAGUCAGAUCUGCUGGAACAGCUCAAGAUUAUUAAGGACUUCUACUUGCUGGGUCGUGGCGAGCUCUACCAGGUUUUUAUUGACCUCGCGCAGCACAUGCUGAAGACGCCUCCAACAGCCGUCACUGAGCAUGAUGUGAACGUGGCCUUUCAGCAGGCGGCUCAUAAGGUGCUCCUGGACGACGACAACCUCCUGCCUCUGCUGCACCUCACUGUAGACUACCAGGGCAAAGACAAAGAGGCGACCGGCUCCAGAGAUGGAGCCACUCCUCCACAAGACACCUCCCCUCGUGAGGUCCCUCCCACAGGUUGGGCAGCUCUCGGUCUCACCUACAAGGUUCAGUGGCCGCUGCACAUCCUCUUCACUCCCGCCAUCUUGGAGAAGUACAACGUUGUGUUCAGGUACCUGCUGAGUGUGCGGCGGGUGCAGUCGCAGCUGCAGCACUGCUGGGCUCUCCAGAUGCAGAGGAAACACCUCAAGUCCAGCCAGACAGACGCUGUUAAGUGGCGACUACGCAACCACAUGGCGUUCCUGAUCGACAACCUGCAGUACUACUUGCAGGUGGACGUGCUGGAGUCUCAGUUCUCUCAGCUGCUUCAGCAGAUCAACUCCACCAGAGACUUUGAGAGCAUCCGACUGGCCCACGACCACUUCCUCAGCAACCUGCUCGCCCAGUCCUUCAUCCUCCUGAAGCCGGUAUUCCACUGUCUGAAUGAGAUCCUGGAGCUGUGUCAAACCUUCUGCUCACUGGUCAGUCAGAGUGUGACGUCACUGGACGAGAGGGGAACUGCUCAGCUGGAUAUCCUGGUCAAGGGCUUUAGACGGCAGUCCUCCUUGCUGUUUAAAAUCCUUUCGAGUGUGAGGAACCAUCAGAUAAACUCUGAUCUGGCUCAGCUGUUACUGCGACUGGACUACAACAAAUACUACACCCAGGCUGGAGGCACUCUGGGCAGUAUUUAAGAAGAGCGCAAAGGAUUCAGAUAUGGAGACGUUUCCAUCUAAGCCAAGAAGAAACUCCCAUCAGUCUUGUACUUUGCUCUAAACAAAAAUACUAUUAGCGUGGCAUGCCUGUUAAAAUUAUCUUUAAAGGGUUAGCUCACCCAAGUUAUACAAUCCUAUUUUCCUCACUCAUCUGUUGAGGUAUUUAGCCAUGCAGAUAGUUUUUGAUUUACAUCCAGAGAUAUUCACAUAUGUUCCUCUGAAACUUCUGCCGCCACCUCAAUAAAACAGAGGAGGAUGGGAUUGUGUUUGUGGCGCUCUUGGCACUGAAAAAUGACAAAAGAAACCAACAGCAAAGUUUGCUCAGACACAAUGACAUCACUGUAGACCGAUUUGAGUGGGACUAUUUCUUUGGUAGGAAGUAGUUCCAGUUACAUCUGAUCAUUGAGGUCUGUGGAUUAAACACAUAACAAGACAAGCCUAGUUUGAUUGAGCCUCACAAACUCAAGCUUCCAUAAUAUUCAACAAUUACAGCGUGGUUUAAGAACUGUUUAUUUUAUUUACGCAAUAGUUUAACAUUUUAGGAAAUCUGCAUCCAGAUGUAAAGCAUUAUACCACUCUCAUCUGUUUAAAUAAGACGCUACAGAGGUAAAAAAACACCUUUUGACUUGUUUCCACUCUUCAUGCUAAGCUAAGCGUCUCCUGGUUGUAGAUUUAGUUUUAGCAUCAAACAUGAUGCUUUCGAUUUUUUUUUUAACCUAACUCUCGGCAAGAAAGUGAAUAAGCGGAUUUCUCAAAAUGUUGAACUAUUCCUUUAAAGUACUGUAGUAGUUUCCCACGAUACAUUUACUUAGUUCAGACUUUAAACCUUCUUUAUAACAGAAAUACUUAAACAUACCUCAGGACAUUGUUUCUGCAAAGACGAGCUGUUGAAUGUUUAAAUGUCAUUUUUCAAGGCUGUGAACUUUACAAAGUUACGUUCACUUCCACAGUAUAGGGCUGGAAGCAGAAACCUCAGAGACAGAUCCCAAAACUUAGCACGUACACCUGACACUGUCUAGAUUAGGUGGGAAAUGUGAUUUGUGUUUUGGGUGAUCCGACCCUUUGGCUAAUUGUCCUUGUAUAAACUGUAAAUAUUGAAAACCUUGUUACUUGUACGGUUUUUUUUCUGUAGAGAAAAUGAAUUUAAACCCGUUAAAAUGAAACGAGGGUCACAAUUUAUUAUCCCAUAAAAACAGACAGGAUAACGUUAUAUACAGAAAAGGCAUGCAACAGAAUUAAUGCUGAACAUUUAACAUGGUCGAAGGCAUUUUGCACAUGUGGAGUCAGAUUAUGAGGAGGAGGUGGAGGAGGAGUAGUCGUGGCGAUACUGAGGCUUGCUAUGGAAACCCAGGCGCUCCCCACGGAUGACGCUCUGGAUCAGCCACUCAGGAGACACCAGCGGGACUUCCUGCGACGUCACGUUUUUCUCUACCAAUGGCGGACAGGCACGGUCUGUCACCACAACAUCAUACUUGCCCGCAGGAAUGUCUGCAGAUGGAGGGGAGAAAAAAAA